AUGUUCGCGCAGGGUACUCAAGUCAACAUCAUCGUCGGCUCUCAUGUCUGGGUCGAAGACCCCGACGUCGCCUGGAUUGAAGGCGAAGUCACGAAGAUCAACGGCCAGGAUAUUGAGGUCGAAGGAUCCAACGGCAAGAAGAUUACGGCUAAAUUGUCGAGUACAUACCCUAAAGACGAGGAUGCCCCGGCCGGAGGAGUCGACGAUAUGACAAAACUAUCGUAUCUACACGAGCCCGGAGUGUUACAGAACUUGGCAACAAGAUACCAACUCAAUGAAAUAUAUACAUACACAGGGAGCAUCCUUAUCGCCAUCAAUCCAUUCCAACGGCUUCCUCACUUGUAUGACGCGCACAUGAUGCAGCAAUACAAGGGUGCGCCGUUCGGAGAAUUGAGCCCUCAUGUUUUCGCUAUUGCUGACAUGUCUUACAGGGCAAUGGUAAAUGAGGGUAAAAGUAACUCGAUAUUAGUCAGCGGCGAAAGUGGCGCUGGUAAAACGGAAACUACUAAGAUGCUUAUGCGAUAUCUCGCGUAUUUAGGAGGCCGUAAAGCAACUGAAGGACGGACUGUCGAACAACAAGUUCUCGAGUCCAAUCCAGUACUCGAAGCGUUUGGCAAUGCGAAAACUGUAAGAAACAACAACUCAAGUCGUUUUGGUAAAUUCGUCGAAAUUCAAUUCGACAAGCAUGGACGAAUAUCGGGGGCAGCCAUUAGGACAUAUCUUCUCGAAAGAUCUCGUGUUUGUCAGGUUUCGGAUCCGGAAAGAAAUUAUCACUGUUUUUAUCUGCUUUGUGCAGCUCCUCAGGAGGAGAUUACCAAGUAUAAGUUAUCGAAUCCGAAGACAUUUCACUAUCUUAAUCAAUCGAAUUGUUACGAACUUGUUGGUGUGAACGAUGCUCACGAGUUUUUGGCAACGAGGAGAGCUAUGGACAUUGUCGGAAUAAGCCAAAAAGAGCAGGAUGCAAUUUUCAGAGUCGUCGCAGCUAUUCUUCAUAUCGGGAAUGUGGAUUUUAUGAAGGGAAAGGAAAUAGAUUCGUCGGUUCUAAAGGAUGACAAGUCGAAAUUCCAUCUUCAGACAGCUGCAGAGCUUCUGAUGUGCGACUCUUCUGCACUCGAAGAUGCGCUGCUGAAGCGUGUGAUGGUAACUCCCGAAGAAGUUAUCAAGAGAAGUCUCGAUCCCAAAAGCGCGACAGUUAGUCGCGAUGGAUUGGCUAAAACGAUAUACUCUCGCUUGUUUGAUUGGUUGGUUGAUAAAAUAAAUAACUCCAUCGGGCAAGAUCCAAACUCCAAAGUCCUAAUCGGAGUUCUCGAUAUUUAUGGUUUCGAAAGUUUUAAGAGCAAUAGUUUCGAACAAUUUUGCAUUAACUACACGAACGAAAAGCUACAACAACACUUCAAUCAGCACGUUUUCAAGAUGGAGCAAGAAGAAUACGAAAGAGAAGCGAUCGAUUGGAGCUACAUAGAAUUCGUGGACAAUCAAGAUGUCCUUGAUCUUAUCGAAAAGAAACCUGGGGGAAUCGUGACUCUUCUCGACGAGGCCUGUAUGUUCCCGAAGUCGACACACGAAACAUUUUCGCAGAAGCUUUACCAGACGUUUAAAAACCACAAACGUUUCAUCAAACCGAAGCUGUCUCGAACAGAUUUCACCAUUGCUCAUUAUGCCGGAGAGGUUAUGUACCAAUCCGACCAAUUUUUGGACAAGAACAAAGAUUACGUCGUGCCUGAACAUCAGGAUCUGCUAAAUGCCUCCAAAUGCUCGUUCGUCGCCGGACUAUUCCCUCCUCUCCCCGAAGAGACGAACAAAUCUUCGAAUAAGUCCUCAAAGUUUUCGUCGAUAGGUUCUCGUUUUAAGUUACAACUUCAACAACUCAUGGACACGCUAAACUCAACAGAGCCACAUUACAUUCGAUGUGUGAAGCCAAACAAUCUCCUCAAGCCCGGUAUAUUCGAGAACAACAAUAUCUUACAGCAACUACGGUGCGGCGGUGUUCUAGAGGCUAUUCGAAUCAGCUGUGCCGGAUAUCCUACUCGAAAGACGUUUUUCGAGUUCAUUAACCGGUUCGGUAUUCUUGCGCCGGAAGUCGUCGAGGGAAAUCUCGACGAAAAAACCGCAUGCAAAAAAAUUAUCGAGAAGAUGGGUCUAUCCGGCGCGCAGACGGGGAAAACGAAGGUGUUCUUGAGAGCAGGUCAGAUGGCUGAAUUAGACGCGCGGCGAGCGCUGAAACUCAGCAAUGCGGCGAAGACGAUACAGAGAAGAAUGAGAACUUAUAUCGCUCGAAAGUACUUCCACGCUUUGAUGAACGCAGCCGUUCGAAUGCAAUCAGCUUCUCGAGGAAGGCUUGCUUGCAAACGCUUCGACAAAUUGAAACGAGAGGCGGCUACUCUUAAAAUCCAGACGAAUUUGAGGCGGCAUUUGGCAAGGAAGAACUACUCGAUGCUCAAAUCUUCGGUCACCGUCUUGCAAACUGGAAUGCGAGCAAUGGCUGCUCACAACGCCUUCAGAUACCGGAAGCGAACGAGAGCUGCAACGACGAUACAGAGCCGGUGGCGAGGCCAUAGAGAUUACAAAUAUCACAAGAGCCUUAAAUGGGCAUCGGUUCGGACACAAUGCCGAUGGAGAGGACGGCUCGGAAGAAGAGAGCUUCGGAAAUUAAAAAUGGCUGCGAGAGAGACCGGCGCACUUAAGGAAGCGAAGGAUAAGCUCGAAAAGCAGGUCGAAGACCUGACGCUGCGCCUGCAGCUCGAGAAACGACGAAGGGCCGACUUGGAAGAGGAGAGGACGCAGGAAGUGGCGAAGCUGCAGAGUGCAGUCGAAGGUUUGCAGAGCAAACUCGACGAAGCGAACGCAUCGCUGAUUCAAGAGCGCGAGACGGCGCAGAAAGCGAUCCAAGAGGCUUCUGCAGUAGUUCACGAAACGCCGGUGCCUGUUGAGGAUACAGCAAAGAUCGAGGCUCUUACCGAAGAACUGGAGAAAACGAAGGAAUCGCUGGAAUCCGAAAAGCAACGCGCUGACGACGCGGAAAAAAGAUACGACGAAGCCAUGGAAUCGAGCGAGAUGAAGAAUCAAAAGCUCGAAGAAUCGGAAAGAAAAGUGAGUCAGCUUCAGGAAUCACUGAACAGGCUCGAGGAGAAGCUAACCAACGUCGAAUCGGAGAACAAAGUUCUUCGGCAGCAGGCUCUAGUAAUGGCACAGAACAACAAACUGUUAGCAUCCAGAAGCUCCAGAUCGCUUAUUCAGAGGACCGAAAGCACGAAAAGAUCGAUGGAGCUACACAGUCCGUCGAUGAACGCAAGAGAAUUAGAGCUCGACGAUCGCCCCCAAAAAUCACUAAACGAGAAGCAGCAAGAGUACCAAGACUUACUUAUCCGAUGCAUCGCGCAGCAUUUGGGAUUUACGAGAGGCAGACCUGUCGCGGCCUGCAUUAUAUACAAAUGUCUUCGCCAGUGGCACUCGUUCGAGGUCGAGAGGACAAGUAUUUUCGACAGGAUAAUACAAACUAUAGGCCACGCUAUCGAGACUGGCGACAACAACGAUCUCUUGGCGUAUUGGCUCUCCAACGCAUCGACGCUUCUUUUCCUGCUUCAACGUACUCUAAAAGCCGGGGUUGCGGCUGGCGCUACCCCGCAGCAUCGGCGAUCUACAUCAGCUACUAUUUUCGGGAGAAUGACAAUGAGUUUCCGCGGCGCACCUCAAGGGGUAAAUCUUUCUUUACUGAACGACGAUUCUGCCGGCACCUUGCGCCAAGUCGACGCCAAAUACCCUGCGCUGCUCUUCAAGCAACAACUGACUGCGUACGUAGAGAAAAUAUACGGAAUUAUUCGAGAUAACUUGAAAAGAGAGAUUUCUCCGCAGCUCGGGCUAUGCAUUCAGGCUCCGAGAAUAUCCAAAGCGAACCUGUCGAAAGGCGCGGCUCGCGUCUCAGCCAGCGCUGCUGCACAGGAGAUUUUGAUUGCUCACUGGCAAGGAAUCGUAAACAGCCUCGGGAAUUUCCUGAACAUUCUAAAAACAAACCAUGUGCCGUCAUUUUUGGUGAGGAAAGUCUUCACUCAAAUAUUUUCCUUCAUCAAUGUCCAGCUAUUCAACAGCCUUCUACUGAGGCGAGAAUGUUGCUCGUUCAGCAACGGGGAAUACGUGAAAGCUGGAUUAGCUGAACUCGAACACUGGUGUUACAAGGCAACUGACGAGUAUGCAGGAUCUGCUUGGGACGAGCUAAAGCAUAUUAGACAGGCGAUCGGGUUCCUGGUUAUACACCAGAAGCCAAAGAAGACACUUGAUGAAAUAAGCCAUGACCUCUGUCCUGCCCUAAGCAUUCAACAGCUCUAUCGAAUCAGCACGAUGUAUUGGGAUGACAAAUACGGCACGCAGAGCUUAUCGCCAGAUGUAAUAUCGAGGAUGAGGGUGUUGAUGACCGAGGAUUCGAACAAUGCUGUUAGCAGUUCGUUCCUUCUGGACGACGAUUCAAGCAUUCCCUUCUCAGUCGACGAUCUUUCCAAAUCAAUGGAACGGUUUGAUAUUUUGGACAUCGAACCUCCACCGCUCAUCCGAGAAAACUCCGGCUUCAGCUUUUUACUACCACAAGCUACAUGAUAAUUGGGACACAUUUAGGACAUCAAAUCCGGCAUUUUUGCUUCGAUUAAUACUUCAAGAACAACUCAAUCUCUUGAUUCUCAUCAGGUAUCUUAUAAUCCAUAUGUAAUUUAAAAAGUCUACGCCAUUCUCCCUUAU